AUGACUUCGGAGGAGAGUCGUCCAUCACUGUACAGUCUCCUAGGAGCUGCCGGACCGCACGGAAUGUCGGGGGCGGAGCUUGUGAACCGUCAUAAUUCUCAUUAUUCAGCACCCGGACCGCGUGGACUGCCGGGAUCAGUUGGAGAGCCAGGACCACAGGGAAGAGACGGCAUGCCCGGAAGAGCCGGCAACAUGGGAAGACCAGGACCGCCGGGAGCCGCAGGAGACUCGGGAGCUCCGGGACCGAAAGGAUCACCAGGACAGCACGGAAGACAAGGAACGCCGGGAGUGCGUUAUGUGCUCGGAGAGCCAGGACCAGUCGGAUUCCCGGGACCGCGCGGAGCACCUGGAAAGGCUGGGUCACCCGGAGUGGCCGAGGAAGGACCAGACGGUCUUCCGGGACCGGCAGGACCGCCUGGAAAGCCUGGAAUGCCGGGACCAAUGGGAACUCCAGGCCAGCCGGGAGAGGCCGGGAUCCCUGGAGCUGAUGCCGCGUACUGUCCGUGUCCGCGGAGAGAGGCCCUUGUCGAAUCUUCCGUCAUUUCGGAGGAGACACCAGAAACCGGAUACGGAGAUGGAGGAGACAAGGCCAAGAGAGAGAAGACCGAGCAGCGUCAUCAGGAAGAACAGACUUAUGAGAUUUUCAAAUUCGAACAAGUUUGA